GCUAUGUUACGUCAUGUCUGCCCCCCGAAAGAGCUCCAAAACAGCGGGCGAGCUUAACCACCACCAGCAAUGCUCGAUCGAGGACGACACCAUGAGGAGAAAGCCUGUCGUAGCAGAACCGACUGAGCGUCAUGCCACUUGAUAUUUAAAAAAGAGAAACCCCUCCUUUUUCCUUUCUUCUCCCGCCAUCCAAUCCCAAUCCGACAUCACACACCAUCAUCAUCAUCCUCCUCCUCAACACUGUACUACUACGCCCGCUGUCUUGUAUCAUUUCAAACUAAACAUUUAAUCUAAUCAAACACCUCUUUAAAAAAAAACAACUACAAUGUCUCGAUCCAGGGUACCUCUUCUCAUCGGCGGCACUGCCGCUGCUGGUAUCGGAUACUACCUCUACACCGCAGGCGGUGAUGGAAAGGUGGCCCAGAAACAAGCCGAAGCCGACGCACACAAGCUAUCUUCCAAGGUCAAGGGCGAGCUACCUGGUCGCGGCCAGGAGGCUCAGAAGGACGCCGAGGUACUCGGCAGACAGGCCGGUGCCAAGAUUGACAGCGCUUUAAGCAAGACGGAGGCCGAGCUAGCCAGGGCCAAGGCCGAGGCCCAGGCCUACACAAAGGAUGCCAGAGACGCCACCUUGAAGAAGAUCGACGAGUUCGACAAGAAGGUCGAGAACGAAGCUUCCAAGGCGAAGAGCGGCAUUUCGAGUUGGUUCGGUGGCAAGUAAAAUUGCCGACGAGUACGAGAACAUCAGUUUCUCGAGAGCAUGGUUCCCUAUUCCGCAUUCCGCUCCGAUAUAAUUGUUCCGUGAGGGAUGCGUAUGGUGGAAAUUCGUACGCUGUGCACAGGCGAAACGAAAGGCUGGUUAUGUUAUACGCUUAGUUAAUUACGUCUCCUGUAUCAAAUUAUUCUAACUUCAAAUCAUAAUCGUCAUCCGAUAUUCCUGAAA